AUGUUUACUUUUUUAUGCCUUUUUAGAUAUUUGACUGCAGCUGGAUAUUUUCUCUUCUUCCAAAGGAGACCAGACAAAGGUACUGUGAUUGUUACCAUGAACAUCCACCUCACAACUUUCCAACAACAGCAAAGCUCUGUCACUUUCAUGUCAAGAAGGACAAAUAAGGCCUUUAAAGUCUUUGACGUCUUUGGUCAGGGAGUAUUUCUCCUACAGAAAUCACCUCAAAACUUAAACAAACAAAUCCACAUUCAGCUGAAAAACGGUGAAAAUUCACUAAAAGAAAACAAAGUGUUCAAAUAUCUACAAAAAUCCGACCGUUGGCGCCGUCAUGGGUAA